GAUUAGAGGCUACCAUAGAAUAUAAGCAGCAAACGCUAAGAAAAGAGAAAAGCCAAAAUGCUUUUACUUUUGCGAUUAGACGGUUACUUGGCAGAGUAUUGUCAUACCAAGUCUAAUAUGAAGUUAGAAAAGCGAGGCAUCGGCUAACUGAGAGAGAAGACAACCAUGGAUUGGGAAGGAAUGGAUGGUAUAGUCCAACAGUUGAGACAUCAGCAUUCUCCUUAUUUAAAGGAUUGCAUUCUGAAGUUCUUGGAAAAACAGCAAAGAUUUGCUACUGAACUCCUUAGGGAGGGAGACUACCUCACUGCUGCUGGACACUUGGCCAAAGCGAUCCAGCUGUUCAAUGUUCUGGACCGAGAUGGGCAUCUGAAUGAUACAUGUGAUCGGACCAAUCAGAAUCUUCUCUAUUAUUUGCAUGCGGAAGCUUGUAUACGGCAGUCAGAUCAGUAUCCGAAUGGAUUGCCAUUUCUUGAGAGAGCUCUUCAAAGUCUACAGAGAGUUUCUGGUGCCCUUAUUGAUGAUAAGAAAACCCUCAGACUUGUUGCCAAUUUGAAGAAAGAAUUGAUGGAAUACACGAACUCAGACGGUUUGGCAAACGUUUCACUGGACAAAAUCAGGGAAUACAAUGCAGUGCUGCUCACUUUUGACUAUGAUAAAAUGAAAAUCGUGAUGAGCUUCUUUAGGUCUGGUGACCCGAGAGAAUUGUUUGAAAGAAUUUGGACUAUUCUUGGACCUGCCGAUGAGGGCGCCAGUGCGUCGGCUCAGGGACAAGGAAAUCGUGGGGUGGAGAUGGACUGGAUACUUAUAGACAGGAAGAAGAAGAAGUCCCGCCCUGAUGGGAAAGAUAGACCAUCUCAUGCCUCUGGAUCUGUCCCCCAGCUGCGGAGUAGUGAAGGAGGUAAUGUUACCCGUCAGGGACAAAGGUCACCUGGACAUCCGCCUAGUUCAGGGAGAUCUUCUGGUGGCUCAUUCACCGUGCGAUCACAAAGAGCAGGUUCCGCAGGACAGCCGGCUCCUGGCCCACGAGUUCUGGGAACGUACCAGGGCACUGCCAGUGCAGAAAAAUGGGUAGUAGACUAUAAGCUCAGGCUUGCAUGUAGGAAAUGCUUCACAAACGAGGCCCCUAAGCAUGGCUACAACAGUUACAGGCUGAAUGUGAAUCCAACUCAUUUUCCAAAGUGCAGAAGGGACUACUUACUGUGCCUGUUGGCUAGGACACCCAAGAAUGGUCACCAGGCUGUCUAUGGCAUCAUACGUUGUCGGCCUGAUGAUGCAAAGCACAGUCUCUGUGACCACUUCCAAAAUGGAGAUCCAUGCAAGGAAUUAUCUUGCUGCUCUUGUCACAGCAGGGAAGAACAAGAUAUCUGGCUAGCUGAAAAAGAAGGCCGGUUUCCAAGAGAUGAUGUCAUAGCUCUCUUGAGGACUCAAGGGCAACAUGACCAAGGGAAAUCCAACAGAAACUGUAGCACUCCUGCCAGAUCACGAAGUGAGAGUCUUGUCUCCCAAGACAAUAGUGACUUCAAGAGUCGGAGCAAUAGCGCUGCCAGACCUCGAAGGGAAAGUAGGGUAUCUCUAGAUAAUGGAGAUGCCAAGAGAAGAAGCAACAGUGUGGCAACAUCACGAAGUGGAAGUCCAUAUUGGCAAACUGGCAUGAAUGUGGUACCUAGAGAAGUUGCCACUGCUUCAUCCGUCUGCAAUUCUCCUGGGUUAUUGUGCGCUAAGAGCAAUAACCGACAGAGGUUCCAAAAGAUGCCAGGACACUCUGUAGUAAGGUUAGACAAAGCACUUCUGGAUGAACUCAAACGGAUUGGUGGCAAGUUUCUUGUAGUUUGCAUGCAAUGCUUUGAAUCUAAGCCAGUGAAAAUCAGCCCUCCCAAUCCGAAUAAUCGCACAGUUUGCUUGUACAAAAAUCAUUCCAUGACCAUGAUGCCGAACAGGUGCCUUGUUCAUCAGUUUGGGGUUGGCAGAUUCACCAAGAUUCGUAAGCGUCCUUUCAGGGUGAUGCAUAAGCCUAUAGCUGUCUGUCGGUAUGUUGAUAGGAUUUAUGGAUGUGAGAGAGAAGACUCUUGCCAUUUUGCUCACAGUGAGACAGAGGCUAAGGUCUGGUGGUUAGAAGCAAGGCUUGGAAAACAACGAAAAGAGAUUAUUGAAGCAUGCAUAGAUCUGAAUCACCCAGCAACAUCCAGACCCUCACCUGCUGGAUCACGACUAUCUGUCCCUCAUGCACUGAUCAAUCCACACCAAGGCACUUGGGGCAGCAGCAACCGCAGUCUGAAGCAGCCACCUUCUGCAGCAUGUGCAAUUCCUGUUGAAUCGUGUCACUCCAAAGUCCCUUUUGGUCAUUCUAUCAAGCGUGCUUGUGGUAGAUGCCUGUGUGAAAAUCCGUACCGCAUCCAGACACAAAGCCCCAAUAGUCCAUCAUACUGCAGUGGGGCUAGCCGACACUCCUGGGGAGCAAACAUUCUGUAUGUGGUACACUCCUCGAAAGACAAGCAAUGGGUGCGUGUCAAUCCCCGCCAUCCCCGACUGUGGUCUCGCACUAAACUCCACUUGUGUUGGAAUGGGAAGCAGUGCAAGCAGGAAAGUGUGUUUGGAACAGCAUGCAUGCAUCCUCAUACACAAGAAGAACUUGUACUCUGGGAGUACCAGAAACUACAUAAUUUGUCUAAGCUGGAGGAGGUGGUUCGCUUGCAACAGCAGGCUCAGGCAGCCAGCAACCCUCUCCCCAAACCAGAGCAGACAGAUCUAACGCAGCACACUUGCUCUUUCUGCAAGUUCUCCAGUACCUCCAAGACAGACUUUGAGAAUCAUCUCCUGACCACCGCCCACAAGGCCAUGAUCUUCUCCGACUCUGAUCGUCUGUGGAAGGAGCGUGACCCCCCAAACCUGGUGCAGGAUGGCUCUUACGCAAUGUGCAAAGAGAACGCCACCAAGCAGUGUGAGCACUCUGGAAUGUCCAAGGAAGAGAACGAGUGCAUCUAUGCACAUAGCUUGGAGGAGCUGAGGGAAUGGAAGCAGCGCCAUCAGCACCGCUUGAUGAAGCUCGGGAAGGCUCGAGAGAUGAAGCUCUACUCCUGGCUGGACAAUCUGGUGGAGGAGAAAACAUCUGCAGAGGAUAUGGAGGAUGUGAUUACUGAUGAUAUAUUUGGCAUCGAGCUGGACUGCAAGAGGGAUGUAGAUGUUACCCAAGAGCUGCCUGCAUCUGAUGUGAUCCAAUGGCUUGUUGUUCUUCAUUGUGGCAGUGAGAAAAAGCUCAAGAGGGUAGGGCUUCUUUUCGAUGAGCACCGCUCUCACUUCCAUCUGUCAGAACCUGAGAAAGAUUAUCGCCCCCAGACAUGUCCAGGUGGUCUUCUCAGACGUGAUGACUCUGAUGAGUACAGCCUAGCGGUCAACUUCAUCCAAUCGCACUCCGGCGUGUUCAAGCAGUGGCUUGUCUUUGACUUUGGUGAUCGGCCAUGUCUUGCAUUAAAGCUGUCAGUGACCAUUGGUUUCAAGAGUGAAAUGAAAGAAUUGGAGUUUAAAGAGCAGACGGUGAACACAGCUGACUUGUGGAAUGAGAGUAACAGUGAGAUCAUCAAAUGUACCCAACAGGAUGAAUGGACUCACAGGUUAGAGGGGCAGUAUCCUACCCCUGGUUCACACAGAGUACCAGCUCUCCUUGACCCUGGUGACGUUCAGAGUCUUAACCAGAACACGUACAGACAAUUCAUGCAUGACAUGCUGACAGACGAAGAGAGAGCAUGUAUGGAGAUGGUUGCCAAGUACCGGACAGUAACCAUUAUGAAAGUAUCUGACCAUGUUGAGCUGGAACAUUCUCUCCUUGGUGCUGAAGAAGGAGAGCUGUUUGGGACUAUCACCCUUGACAAGCCGCUUCAUGAUGACUCAGAAGCUUCCCGUCUAGUCCAGGAGUUUGUUGAGACCAUCUUCAUCAAAUUUCACGAGCAGUCAGAUGUGGUCUAUGAGGCUUUGAAGAAACAGGCUGAGAAGGGGGCUGUUGUGAUCACCCUUGGGUCAUCAUGUGUGAAGGAGCGUCAAUUGAAGGGAGGCAUGAAUGUGUCAGUGACCAUUCAAUUGUGCAUCAGUCGAGAGCGAUUUCUCUCUAUGCAUCAUGCUGUGGAUACCUUGAGCUGUAUGGACACUGUUCUACCCAAAGGACAGCAGCCGAAUAGGUUUCCAGAAGUAGCUGCCAAGGACUGUCUUGAGGGAUUGAACAGUAGACAGGAGCAGGUUGUCCGCCUCAUCAAGUCAUUAGAAACAAGAGGAAAGGAAGCCACAACCUAUAGCGGUCCAACCAUGAUCCUCGGACCAUUUGGGACAGGAAAGACGCAUACUCUGGCCAAAGCGAUACAGAGAACUUUGACAGAGAGAAAGGAUGCCAAGUUCUUGAUCUGCACUCAUUCAAACAGUGCUGCUGAUCUAUACAUCAGAGAUUAUCUUCAUAAAUUCUGUGAAGAAAAUCCUGAUACUUGGAUGGUUCGAGUGUAUGCAACGAUGCGGAACCUAAGCACGGUUAGAGAUCCGGUAAAGCAAUACAUGCUUCUCGAUGCUGCAGGACCUCGUUUGCCAACCGAAGAGGAAUGUCAAGACUGGGUCUGCAGAAAGGGCCCCAGUAUAGUUGUCAUCACUUUGAAUACAGCGGUGCACCUUACCAAAACAGCAACACUGCGUGGAUACUUCUCUCACAUUGUGAUAGACGAGGCCGGACAAGCCCUAGAGACGGAGGCCAUCAUUCCGCUUGCCCUAGCAACAGAGGAUACAAGUGUUGUGCUGGCUGGCGAUCCAAAACAGAUGAGCCCACAGGUGCACUCUCCUCGCACGAGGAAGGCCAAGUUCAACAUGUCCCUGCUGCAACGCCUGUUCAAAUAUGACAAACAGAAUGACUGCCACGCCAGCUGCAACCUCACCAUCAACUACAGGAGCUGCCAACCCAUCCUAGACUUCUUGAAGGUGCACUAUGGCACAGCCUUCAUAUCAAAGAGCACCAGCAGUGGCCACCCCAACCUCUUUCCUCUCAACUUUGUGGACGUCAGGGGGGAGGAUCAGCUUGUUGGGACAUCAUACAUGAAUGCAGAGGAAGCAAAGAUAAUUGCAGAAUACGUCGCUUCAUUGAUGAAGCACUGGCCUGAAGAGUGGGAUAGACCCAAAAAGAGUGACGUUGUGGUGCUAUCACCCUACAGAGUUCAGGUCAAGGUAAUCCGACAGGAGCUGAGGAAGAGAGGCCUUCAUGCUGUGACGGUUGAGACGGUGCAGAAUGUGCAAGGGAAGCAGUAUCGCGCUGUCUUUCUGAGCACGGUGAGAACGAGAUCGUCGCUAAAUAAGGUAGACAUCACAUCCCUUCCCCAAGUAGGAGACCGAAAUGUGAGAAACAAGUUCUGGUACGGGUUCCUUUCAGACAAAGCGCUCCUGAACACAGCAUUCACCCGUGCACAGUCUCUCAUAACUGUCAUGGGAGAUCCUGUGGCAGUCUGUUCAGCAGGGGAAUGCCAGAAGACAUGGCAGAGGUACAUCAAGACAUGUGAGAGGAAUGGUGCCAUCCAUAGCAAACAAGGUCUAACAAUGGCUUCUAUCCAGAAUGAGAUUGCAAAUGCCAAACGUCUGCUCAACCCUACUGCAAAAUCAUUCAUUCCAAGAGCUUCAGCAUCCAGUACAGCCUCCAGGGGGAUCCCUCACACCGUAACUGCAAGACCUGGAGUCAGUAGAGCAAUUGAAGUGCCAAGUUGCUCUCCGAGGACAGGAAAGCAACAGAGAAGCGCCAGGGAAUACCCUCCUGCAACUAGUAGCAGGUUGCCUGCACCUGAUGCUGGAGCUGCUGCUUCUGCAGUUGAUGAUGAUGAUGAGGAGGACGACGACUUGCUUGGUGAUGAAUGGCUUCAGGAACUGAAGAUUCAGGUGGAUGAGGACAUGGCUGAGGAGUAUAGGAGGUCACAUCCAGAGGUGUUGGCUGAAGAUCAAGAGGCUGCAUCACGACAAGAAUCUGAUGGUGGAGAUACUUCCAUUGAACGAGAACAGAGCAAAUCAGCCAUACCUAUCCAGGAGCCAGAAGCUGGAGUAAGAUUACAGACAGCACAAAGACACAAAACUACUCCAUCUGCAUCAAGAGCUACAGUACCAAAUGCAGCAAGCCGUACUAAUGAACAUGUGUUUCGGAACCUACGCAUGGUGGAGAGAGAAGAUCGUUAUGCCCUCCUACAAGAUGAUACAUAUGAUUCAGAUGAUGAAGAUGGUGUAAAUGUGGAUACCUCUGGUCAGGCACAAGAUACUAAUGUUGAAGAACUUCUACGCAAGGCUCUUCAAAGGCCUGACAUGUACAAGAUCUGUAUCUUCCGCCAAAACAUCACUGGACGUACAUAUGCUGUCCCCCAAGACAGACAGUCAGGAGAUGAAAUAUCCAUCACGAAUAUGAAGCGUCGAGGACAUGCCCUCAACGGUGAUAAGGUUCUUGUAGAGGUCUUAGAAAAUGAGGAGGAGCAAGAAGUAGAAGAAGAUGAUGAUGCCGAAAGAGAAAGAAAGAUCUAUGGUAGGGUAGUAGGCAUCAUUGAACACAAUGCCAACCUCCGGUUUCAAAAGUUUGUGUGCUACCUGGAUCCUCGUAGUGAUAAUGUGAUGGUGCCCAUUGACCGUUCUUCUCCUAAGAUGCUUAUCCUGGGAAGAAAAAAAAGAAGUGCUUCAAAGAAAAAUGCAGCUGUGGUUACACUGUUUGAGAUAAAGAAAAAAAGGGUACAAACACAAAAUGCAUGCAGCUCUAGAAGAGAUGUAGAGGUUAAACAUGCAGAGAGACAUCAGAAACUCUUUGUUGUUCGCUAUCUCGAGUGGGCCCAUAUGGCUCCAUAUCCACUGGGAGCAGCUGUUGAAGAGUUGGAACCUGGGAAUACAGAACAAAAGGGGCUUACCAUCCUUCGACUUGUGUAUGGCAUCAAAGCUCAAUGCAAGUCAGGUGCAAGAAAGCAAAUGCAGCAAGAUUUCCCUGAAGGAUGGAGUCUUCCAGAUGAAGCUGUUCAGAAAAGAGAAGAUUUCCGGACGACAAAGACCAUCUUCACUGUGGAUCCUCCUGGGUCCACAGACUUGGACGAUGCCAUCAGCUGUGUCUGUCUUCCUGGACAGCGCUAUGAAGUUGGUAUACAUAUUGCAGAUGUGUCCUACUUCAUUCACCAGGACAGUUUCAUGGAUAAAGAUGCCUACAAGAGGGGUACAACAUUCUACCAUCCAUUCCAAGGUGAUGCUUAUCAUAUGCUGCCAAAGGAUGUGAUCUCAAGGCUUCUAAGCUUGCUCCCGGGACAGGAUAGGCUAGCAUUGUCAGUCAUUUUCAUUCUGGAUCAUGAAGGGCAUGUCGUUGCAGAGCCUAUGUUUAGAAGGUCUGUGAUUCAAUCAUGUAAGAGACUUACCUAUGAAGAGGCAGAGAAGUUGAUUGUUGAUAGCAACAAUACUUCUAAUGCAUACGUGCGUGUUGCAAAACCGAUCAGGUACUUAUAUGAGCUGUCAAGACAUCGUCGUAUGCAGCGAUUGAAAGAUGGAUGGAUGGUGUACAAUGCUGAUGACGAUGAUGGAGGGGCACUUUCUCAUCCACGUGCCCAUAGCUUAAUCGAAGAGCUGAUGCUGAUGACCAAUAAUGCUGUUGCUGAACAUGUUCUUACCUGGUUUCCUGAGUGUACACCACUUCGUAGGCAACUGGCCCCAUCGCAAGAGAAGGUAGAGACAUGGAAAGAAUGUCAUGAGAAGACUGCAAGAAAUAGCAUUCGUCUUCCUGAGCUUGUGAAUCGUAAUCACAAUGAUGCAGCGCGUGGAGACCAAGAAGUAGGCCAAGAUGGAGAACAUGUCCUAGUUGCUGCAGAAGUAUGGCAGAAGGUCAGAGAAUCCUGUGAAUCACAAAAUGCAUCCAGAAGUCAUAUGGAGGAUAUGGCCAAUCUCAUACUUCAAGAUGAAAACCACCCACGACAUGCAGUGGCUCAGUCUCACUGCUAUGACAUCAUGGAAUCGGCAGAAUACAUCGACUCAACAAGCCAAACCAAGCCAGAGAAGCGAGAACACUAUUCUCUGCAGAUGAGAGCAUAUACUCACUUCACAUCACCCAUCAGACGUUACAUUGACCUUGUUGUGCAUAGGAUGCUUGUUGCUUGCAUAGAGAAUAGCCAGUGCCCUUACACUGCUGGGGAGAUGGCUGACAUCACCCAUCAUUGCGACAAACAGAAUGCCAAAAGUAAGCGCUUCAGCAAAGCCACAAAAGAGCUGAAGUUGGCUCUGAAGCUCAAGGAAGCUCCUCUUCAGGUUACAACUUUUGUGGAAGGGAUCUUCGAGUCAUCCAUGAAAUUGCUUCUCCCAUAUCGUGGAUACAUCCAAUCUAGUCAGAGACAAAUUCCCUUUAGUUUUCUGAAGCCGUCUGAGAAACCAGUUGUAAAUGAAGCAUCCCCAGAUGUUCAAGUGACAUGGAAGUGUCGCAUGUAUGACUACAGCAGGAAAUGCCAAACAGAAUCACCAGCCAGCACUAGAUUCACAUAUCCUGACAUUUAUUUCAGAAUUCCAGAGGACAAAUGGCAACAGAUCCUGCAAUCAAUCAAGAGUAUGUAUAGGGAUGGAAACUUAGAGGAAGUUCGGACUGCCAUUGAGACAGCACUGAUCCAUGCCCAAGGUAAUGAUAACCCCUUCUCACAGAGGAGAGGAAAUCAGGAUGGCAGGCCAGAUCAGAGCAAAAUGGGAAUUAUGAGUUUCCAAAGAAGCUACCAGCUGGGUGAUCCCUGCAGGGUCCAGAUGCAUGCACAGAUGAUGAAGGGUAUGCUUACUCCAAAGGUACAACUCUUCAACAUGACCCCUAACUUGGAUAUUUGUGCAGAGCAUCGAUCACAACCAAUUGAGUGCUUCUCAAGGAUAGCCACUGAAAGUCCAGGCAGGGAGAAAAACAUGAAAGCAUACAAGUCAAAAUGGCUUCAGAUCCUGUCUAUGGUCUCCAGCCACAGCGCAGUCAUCAAUGAUGACACCAUCACUCUACAGAAUGUGCCAAUCACAUGGCAGAGAACUUCAAGCGAGGUCACAGGUCACUUUCAGUUAGACAAGAAUUUCCUUGAAGUGAACCACAUACAAAUCGGGGAAGGCAGAGACGGAAUGAUCAUGAACAAUUAUGAUUACCUGUGCAUACACCUGGCCAAUCUUGACGUGGAAACCAAGCCUCAGCUGAAGAUCAAGGGGUAUGAUAAGCGAGAACGUGGACAUCGUGUAGGACCAUUCAAUGCUAAGGACUGGGAGAAGCAAACGAGUGUUCUCCACUGCAGGAUAUUGAAAGGCGAGAAUUCUCAGGAUUGUCACACAUGCAAACAGCUCCGUCGUGAAAAUUCAAAUUCACUUCCAGUACACUUCGUAGCGCAUCAGCAGUCCUUUCCACUUCCACAAGGGAGUAAUGAUCGUCAUGUCGCAAGAACUGUGGAGUUACUUUCGAUACCUGAGCCAAAUAGACGAGAAGAAGCGGCUGUAGGUGGUGUGGACUCAAAGGGGGUGCCAGUGUUGGUACAAGACAUCGCCUUGCAACGUCCGAAUCAUCCUGAUUGGCACUCGGAUGAUACCCUUAGAAUCCUCCGCAGGGAAGCAGAGGCGUUAGGGCGCACAGACCUGCUUGUACCAGAGUCGACGCUGCAUCCGUUGAACCGUCCUCAGCAAGCUGCUGUGAAGAAAGCCCUCCAAGAUACAUUCUCUGUCAUUCAAGGCCCCCCUGGCACCGGAAAGACUGUAACAGGAGCUUACCUUGCAUACUUCUUCACUCGUCUCAAUACGCAAAUACAAGCAGACAAAAUGCGUCCACAGGUGCUGUACUGUGGACCUUCAAACAAAUCGGUGGAUGUUGUAGCAGCUUAUCUCAAGAAGUUCCAAAACAUCUCCAUUGUGCGAGUCUACAGUGAGCAAAUCGAGCGUAAGGAGUACCCCAUCCCUGGCGUUCCAGGACUUAUAUCUAAGUGGUCCAGGAAAGAAGUCUCUAUGUCAGAGGGGCUAUCAGACAUUGCGCUUCAUCGCUUGAUCAGGAUGCGUGGGAAGCCGCAUGCAGAACAGUUAGCUGCAGAUGAGAGGAGAUUUCGCACUGACCCAGAUGGAAUACAACUUAAGGACAUCAAGCGCUACAAAAACACUAUUUUUGAGGCCACGAAAAAAGAACUGAAGAACCAUCACAUAGUCCUGUGUACCUGUAGUUCCGCUGGAGCGGGUCGCAUCUCAAGAUUCACCCGUAUUAUCCAGGUGAUUGUUGAUGAGGCUGGGAUGUGCAGCGAGCCAGAAACUUUGAUCCCUCUGGUUUCAGUCAAACCCAAACAAGUGGUACUGGUCGGAGAUCAUAAACAACUCAGGUCAAUAAUCACAGAGCCCAAUGCUAGGCAGCUUGGAAUGGAUAUCUCACUGCUAGAAAAAUACAAGGACAAAGCCGAGAUGCUUACCAUCCAGUACAGAAUGCACAAGCGGAUAUGUGAAUUCCCAUCCUUGACGUUCUAUGAUGAUAGACUGAGGACGGCAGAAUCUGUAUUGCAGCGUGGCCCUGACCCCAUCCGCAGUUUCUGGCCCAACAAUGGUGGGACGCCUAGAGUCUUCUGCCAUGUGAGUGGGCAGGAGGAGACCCUCUCAGUGAAGUCGGAAGAUGGCAGCGAGCAGUCAAAGAGUAACGGUGCUGAGAUCAGACAUGUGAUGAGAAUCGUCCGAGAGAUGAUCAGCAGAAGGGUGUCACCAGAGAAGAUCAUCGUCCUGUCUCAGUAUCGCCUCCAGUGUGCACAGAUUGAAGAAAGGCUUCGAAGUGACAGAAAUCCAUCUCUCCAACAGAUCAAAGUUAGCACUGUGGUCAAAAGUCAAGGGAGUGAGUGGGACUAUGUUGUCCUCUCAACCGUGCGCUCCAAACCUCGGAUUGAGAUUGAAGAAAAGCCAAGCAAAGCCUGGCAGAGGAAACAUCUUGGAUUCAUCAACGACGAGAACCAGAUGAAUGUUGCCUUGACAAGGGCCAAGCAAGGGCUUAUCAUCGUCGGUAACCAGUACCUACUGCGAUGUCACAAUAAAUGGAGGGAAAUGCUAAAGAUGUAUGAAGAGACUCACUGCCUUGUUGGAGCUCAGGACUUCCUUGCUUGACAUCGCUGAAAUAAGCCUGUCUAUCAAAUUGAACUAACUGUAUCUGAAUGUAUGGAGAAAUAAAACAAUAGUCUAUUGAUCACUUGGGGGGAAAGAAAGGAAGAUAUCCCAAUCGGUAUUUUUAUGCUUAGCCUGUGAAGCAUGUGAUGGUGUAAAUGUAAGACUGUAUAUUUGAUAUAUAAAUGCAUUCUUUAUUAUCCCCUCGCCGACGAAGUCGGAGGAGAUAUAGUAACCAUGUCGUCCGUCCUUCCUUACGUACAUGUACGUGCGUGCGUCCAUCCGUGCGUCUGUUCGUAACAAUUUGGUUUCUGAUCGAUAACUUCAGUAAUGAAAUUUGAUAUAAAGGUACAUGGUAUCAAAAAACAGCCUAAGUUCGAUUUUGGAGUAUAUAGGUCAAAGGUCGUAGUUCAUUAAAUAUGCGAAUCUGGUUUCCAUUUGAUAACUUGAGUUGACAAAUUGACAAAUUUUGAUAAAAUUUAAUAUGAAGGUACAUGUUAUAAAAAUACAUGUGCAGCCUAAGUUUGAUUUCUGAGUAUGUAGGUAAAAGGUGAAACG